GUAUACAGUUUUGAAAGAGAUAAAGCAAACUUGUCCGUUAAAUCGGCUCCUUCGUGCUCCCCGGCCCUGAACUCCUCAUUCCUCAUCUCUCUGCCGCCUCCCACCUCGUCCUCUCCUUUCGAUGAUCAGAUAUCCCACCAGAGCUCUCGGCAACCGGGAGAGAGCUAGCUAGGACAAGCUUCGAUCAAGCAAACUGACUAUGAAUGGCUUGCGUCGUUUAGCAUUGCAUAGCUGGAGCCUUUUCCUAUUGACCCAGGGUUUGGGUGCAGCUGCCUUUUCAGUAUUUGUUGGUAGAAUUGUCUCCACAUGCACAGGGCCCCGUAGAGAUCGGCGUCAAUUCACAAGACAUGGGUCCUUAUUUCAUAGUAAAAGCAAAGAGAAUGAUGACGAGUACUGUCCUAUUCCUGCCGUUCUCCCUGUGUUUCCACUUCGAAAAUCUGUCAAGCUGCCAACUGAGACGCUCACUUUAAAUUUGUACGAAGAACGAUACCUGGCCAUGUGCGACUUUCUUCUCAACAGCAGAAGUGAUCCACAAGGCAAACAUCACAAGAAAGUAUUUGGAGCAAUAUAUGGAUCUGAGAAGCCCCAGAUUGUCCCAGGUGGCACUGGGCCCAUCGUUCCACUCUACGAGCCAGGGGACAUUGGCACCAUUUUCUGUGUUGAGCAUGCCGACGAGGGCCACCGAAGAAAUGACAAGAGUUUGGGUAGGAGGAUACGAAUAUUGGGCAGAGCAAUUGGAAGAUUUCGUAUUGAAAAGAUUUUGCAAAAUGGCUAUGGUGGGGGCGAUGCUUGUACCGGUAGCAAAGUGAAUGCCGAAACACCGUUUCCAUUCAUUCUGGUGGAACCCAGUAGGGUACAGGAUGUACCUGCUCCACCAGGCAGUGACGAGGAGAAGCGUUUACUGGAUCUUCAACAGAACCUGAUAGAUCUGAUGCUUGAAGAGUCCAUCCCGGCGCCUGGUACCGGCACGAUCAAUGGCGAGGAAGUGGGCAGUGAAGGCGACGACGGUGAGAGCGAAGGGGAGACUUCGGAUUCGGGAGAUGUAGCAGUCAAGACUGCCUCAAGAAGCAUUUGCACUCCAGAUUUUCUCUCUGGCGCUUUUCUGAACGAUACUAGGGGGGGACCGGAACCAAUGGUCGGGGCUCCCACCGCUGAACUCCAAGAGCUAUUCAGUUUUGCCGCAUUUUUGGUCUUGGCAGCCGAACAAACACCUCAGCAAAUGCAGACUUUGCUUCGAAUGACAAGCACAUUAAAACGGCUGGAGUUCAUCAUGCGUAACAUAUAGUCAUGGUUUUGGGCGUCCCUUGAGUUGGGCGACCGUUUUGAUGCACGGGCGGUUCAUAGUUGCACGUUGAUUGGUCG